UCCUUUUUCUCUUUCUUUCAUUCUUUUUAACAAAAACCUCCCUCUUUCUCUCCACUUCUUUCUACCACCUCAUUUUCAUUCACCAAACAUCUAUAUCAUGUCUCUCCAGGUCGACGGCUUCAAAUCCUCUGCUCUCCUCACUCAGAUUGAUGAGCACCUCAAGACCCUUUCUGAUGCUGAGCGUCAAGAGCAGGUCAAGAAGGUCAAGGGUAUCUUCCAGUUCAAUGUCAAGAACAAGGAGGGCAAAGUUGCCACUUGGACAUUCGACUUGAAGACUGGCAACGGCUCCAUGCACAAGGGAACCGUUGACGGCAAGAAGCCUGAUAUUGUCAUCGACAUUGCCGAUGAUGACUUCAUUGCCUUGGCCGAGGGCAAGGCUAACGGUCAGAAGCUCUUUAUGUCUGGCAAGAUUAAGGUCAAAGGUGCCAUCAUGAUGGCCACCAAGCUCGACUCUGUUCUCAACGCUGCCAAAGACAAGUCUGGUUUCAAGGCCAAGCUUUAAAUGAUAAAAAAGAAAGUAUUUUUUCCUUUUCCUUUCAUACUCCUCCCUAAGAACGCAUUCAAACUUGGAUCCGUUAUUGUGAAUAAUAAUAAAAAAACGUGUAACAUUAUCCAAUUAUAUCUGUUGCACAUAGUGCUACACAGAGUGCUUGGGCCGCCACUCCGGCUCACUAUUCUGCAACUGGACAAAACUAAUUGCGGCGUGUACAAUGUACCCAUUCCCUUUCUUUUUUUCAAUCCUAUUCUGCCAUUAUUUUUUCAUUUGCUGCUACCAUGCUUAUCAUCAAGUGCUUCCUUCUCUCUUUUAUCGGUAAUAUUUUAUUUUUCAAGUCGAUAAUGAUCCCG